AUUAACUAGCAGGACUGUGAAAACCGCAGUGCAGCAGCACACCUCAGUGCUGGAAGAAUGUGGCUGCAAGUGCACACCAAUUAAAUCUUUCUAUUCCAGGGAUGUGGGAUUAGGAGCGGUGUCAAUCAAUUGUGCUACAAUAGCACGUGCAGCAGUCAUGGUUCAAGACGCACAGAGGUUUAUCGUAACUCCAGCAGCCGGGUGAGGAUGACUUGGAAGCCUCUGCAAGAUCCUGGAACAGAACCUGCAUUAAAUAAUGUAUUCUGAGGUAUACUGGAUACCUGAGGAAGGGCUUUAAAUAAUGCAUUUUCUGGGCAUGACAGUUGUAGCAGAAGAGAAUGCUGAAACCUGUAGCAAGACUACAGCCUGAGAUGAAAGAAUGUCUCAUUACCAUUUUAUCAAAUGCUGCUGUUUCCAGCUAUGUAAUGUUUUUCGGACCCAUGAGAUGGAAAUUGAGCAGUGCUUGCUGGAAUCCCUCCCUCUUGGCCAGCGGCAGCGGCUGGUGAAGCGGAUGCGCUGUGACCAAAUAAAGGCAUAUUAUGAACGAGAAAAAGCUUUCCAGAAACGGGAGGGCUAUGUGAAAAAACUGAAACAUGGAAAGAAUCAUCGAGUUCGUUUUAAUCUUGCUGAUAUGAUACAGGAUGCGAUCAUACGUCACGAUGAUAAAGAAGUGUUACGGCUAUUGAAGGAUGGUGCUGACCCUCAUCUGCUUGUUUCCUCAGGAGGCUCCUUGCUCCAUCUGUGUGCUCGCUACGAUAAUGCAUUUGCUGCAGAAAUUCUAAUUGACAGAGGAGUGAAUGUAAAUCAUCAAGAUGAGGAUUUUUGGACAUCAAUGCAUGUAGCCUGUGCCUGUGAUAAUCCUGAUAUUGUCCUACUGCUGCUACUAGCUGGAGCAAAUGUGCUUCUGCAAGAUGUUAAUGGAAAUAUUGCACUUGAUUAUGCUGUAGAAGGGACUGAAUCUAGCAGCAUCCUUCUGAUGUACUUGGAAGAAAAUGGUGUAGAGCUGAAUUCAUUGCGCCAAAUGAAGAUACAGAGACCUAUGACAAUGCUUACAGAUGUCCAACAGCUUAUAUCAAGUGGAGGAAGUGUGAAUCAAAAGAAUGAUGAGGGAGUUACCCUGCUGCAUGUGGCCUGUGCUAAUGGAUACAAGAAUGUUGCAUCUCUGAUACUGGAUCAUGGGGCUGAUCUCAAUGUAGUGGAUAAUCAGUACUGGACACCCCUACAUUUAGCUGCAAAGUAUGGACAGACCAGUCUUGUGAAGCUGCUUUUGAUGCACCAGGCAAAUCCCAAUCUUCUUAACUGCAAUAAUGAAAAGCCUUCAGAUGUUGCAGCUUCUGAUUUUAUUGAAGAAAUUCUUAUGAAGGCUGAAACUGUUUGGGAGGAAAAAAUGAAAGACCCUUUAGCUGUUUCUACUUUAUCUCAAGAAGAGCCAUAUGAAGAGAUCAUGCAUGAUUUGCCCACAGUUUCCAAUAAACUCAAUCCCCUGGCUUUACCGAUUGCCAAGCAAGACAGUUUGCUGGAGAAAGACACCAUGUUUAAAGAUGCAGCUAAAGCCUUAUAUAAGCAGCAAUCUCAGGACAGUGCCUCUGAAAAUGUCACCGUGAACACCACAACCAAACUUGAACAGAUCAAGCUAAUGCCUCCAGCUCCAAAUGAUGACCUGGCUUCUCUGAGUGAGCUAACAGACAGCAGCCUGCUUUAUGAGAUUCAGAAGCGCUUCAAUAAUAAUCAGAUAUAUACCUACAUUGGUGAUAUACUGUUGCUUGUUAACCCAUUUAAAGAACUUCCUAUUUAUUCUACUAUGGUCACCCAGCUUUAUUUAAGUAACUCUGGAAAAUUGUGUUCCUCACUUCCCCCACAUAUAUUUUCCUGUGCUGAAAGAGCUUACCACAUGCUAUUCCAGGAGCAGCGUCCCCAGUGCUUUAUCCUCAGUGGAGAAAGUGGUUCUGGGAAGACUGAAGCCUGCAAACAGAUAGUGAAACACCUCACUUGCAGAGCCAGCUCCAGCAGAAAUACCUUUGAUACAAAGAUAAAACACGUAAACUGUAUCUUGGAGGCCUUUGGACAUGCUAAGACACCAUUGAAUGAUUAUUCCAGCUGUUUUAUAAAGUAUUUUGAGCUACAGUUUUGUGAGAGAAAAAAAACAUUAGUUGCAGCUAGGAUUUAUACAUACAUGUUGGAGAAGUCUCGUGUCAUUAUCCAGCCUCUCAACCAGAGUAAUUUUCACGUUUUUUACUUGAUGAUGGAUGGGCUGUCUUCUGAAGAAAAAUACACCCUGUACCUCAGUAAUUUGUCUGCACACAGGUAUCUAAGCCAGACUGUACUGGAAGAGACGAUGUCAACAGCCAACCCUCAAAACAGGGAGAAAUUAAUCCUACUAAAACAAGCUCUAGGUGCUCUGGGAUUUAAUAGCCUGGAGGUGGAGAACCUGUUUGUAAUUCUCUCAGCGAUUCUGCAUCUUGGAGACAUUCGCUUUACGGCUCUGACAGACGCUGAGACAGCAUUUGUGUCAGACCUGCAGCUACUGGAACAAGUGGCAGGAAUGCUACAGGUUUCACCGGAUGAGCUCGCUUCAGCCUUAACAACUGAUGUUCAGUAUUUUAAAGGAGACAUGAUUGUACGGAGGCACACUAUAGAGAUUGCAGAUUUUUAUCGGGAUCUCUUGGCAAAAUCCCUAUAUGGUCGUCUAUUUAGCUUUUUAGUCAACACAAUCAACUGCUAUCUUCAAAAUCAAGAUGACACUGACAGUGACCAGGUGUUUGAAAUUGGAGUAUUAGAUAUUUUUGGAUUUGAAGAAUUUCAAAAGAAUACUUUUGAACAGCUGUGUGUCAACAUGACCAAUGAGAAGAUACACCAGUACAUCAAUGAAGUGCUUUUCUUACAAGAGCAAGCUGAAUGUGUACAAGAGGGAGUUGCCAUGGAAACAGUGUAUUCUCCUGGUAACCAUACUGCAGCCUUGGAUUUUUUCUUUCAGAAACCAUCAGGCUUUUUGUCAAUGCUGGAUGAAGAAAGCCAAUCUGUUUGGUCAGUGGAACAAAGUCUUUCUAAACGCAUUCAGUGUUACCUGGAUACAUCAGACACAAAUACAGUAUAUUCCUCAACAAAAGAUGGAAAUGGUAACCUUGCCCCAAAGGAUCUGGGCUCCACCUUCACUGUUAUGCAUUAUGCUGGGAGGGUUACUUAUGAAAUUGCUGGUGCGAUAGAAAAAAACAAAGAUUCCCUUUCACAAAAUCUCGUAUUUGUAAUGAAAACUAGUGAAAAUGUAGUCAUCAAUCAAUUGUUCCAGUCCAAACUGACACAAACUGGAUCACUUGUUCCUCCAUAUCAUUCCCUUAAAAUCAAAGGGUGUAAAGCAGCUUUGCUGAGUAAAAAAACAUCUGUAGUCUGUGCAAGUGGAGAAACAAAAAAAUAUAUUGAGCUCAGCAAGCUGUUGAAAAAGAAAGGAACAUCCUCAUUUCUUCAGAGACUGGAACGAGGGGGCCCAACCACUGUGGCAAUACAGCUCAGGAAAUCACUUGCAGAUAUUAUUGGGAAGCUGCAGAAUUGCACGCCUCAUUCCGUUCAUUGUAUAAAGCCUAAUAACUCCAAGUUGCCAGAUAUUUUUGACAACUUUUAUGUGUCUGCUCAGCUGCAGUAUAUUGGUGUCCUAGACAUGGUCAAAAUCAUACGACAUGGAUAUCCAAUACGUCUCUCUUUCACAGACUUCUUGUCAAGGUAUAAAGAUUUGGCUGAUACAGCAGCAGGAGAGAAGAAGUUGUCUGCCAAGGAGAGAUGUCGUCUUGUUCUUCAGCAGUGUAAAUUACAAGGCUGGCAGAUAGGAGUCCGAAAAGUGUUUCUUAAGUACUGGCAAGCUGACCAUCUCCACGAUUUGUGUCUUCAGCUUCAGAAGAAAAUUAUAACCUGCCAAAAAGUUGUCAGAGGAUUUCUAGCUCGCCAGCGCUUGCUACAGAAGAUGAGCAUCAAACAGCAAGAGGUCACCUCAAUCAAAAGCUUCUUGCAGAAUGCUGAGGAUAUGGGAUUGAAAACAUACGACGCCUUGGUUAUUCAAAAUGCUGCUGACAUUGCCCGGGAAAAUGACCGUCUCCGCAAUGAGAUGAAUGCUGCUUACCACAGGGAAAAGUCAGAGGCUAGAAAUAGGCCAGAAGAAGGCCACAAAAGAGCUGAAGACAAGGGUGGGAAGGUCUCUGAGGACAGCUUUGCCGGCUGUCGAACGCCUAAGCACUUUCAUUCCAGUUCCGUCCCUGUCCCCAUGGCAGUGGACAGCUUGGUACAUUCUGUGACUGGGUCAUCCAUCAGAUCUCCCUCCCUGCACUCUGUUUUCAGCAUGGACGAUAGCAAUAGCCUGCCAUCACCAAGGAAACAGCCUCCUCCCAAACCAAAGAGGGACCCCAACACACGACUGAGUGCCUCCUAUGAGGCUGUUAGUGCUUGCUUGUCGGCAGCUUCUAAGGAAACGGCUAAUGAAGUACUGACCCGUCCAAGGCCACACAGUGAUGACUAUAGUACCAUGAAAAAAAUACCUCCCAGAAAACCAAAACGAAGUCCCAAUACAAAACUUAGUGGGUCUUAUGAAGAAAUACCUGGCCAAAAGCCUGGGGAUGUAAAAAAAGCAAGCACAGUAGUUAAACCAGGUGGAUAUGACUCUGUGACAGUACAGAGAGCAGCUUCUGGUGAUGGGCCACAACAUGGUGUGUUGAAUCUCUGUAUGUCGCAAGAAGAGGAGGAAAAUGAGCCUGUCUAUAUUGAAAUGGUAGGGAAUGCAAUCAAAAGCAGUUCUGCUGAAGGAGAAAGUCCAGAACAAGGAGAAUCUGUAUAUGAAGAAAUGAAGUAUUUUCUACCAGAAGAAGGAAGCAAUGGUAAUGGAAUAAUUCCAAUAGUGACUGGAUCUCCUCCUCUGUUGUUUGAAAGCAAAAAAAAUGUUAAUGUUGAAGAUGGAACAUUGGAUGGAAACAGCCAAGCAGCUUUGAUCUAUAAAGACUCCUGUGACAUUCCAGCCCCUUUCCCUAACUUGCUCCCCCACAGACCACCACUUCUUGUAUUCCCUCCAACCCCUGUCACAUGUUCACCUGCUUCUGAUGAAUCACCUUUAACACCACUAGAGGUCAAAAAGCUUCCUGUCUUGGAAACCAACCUAAAAUACCCUGUGCAGUCAGAAGGCUCAAGUCCAUUAUCACCUCAAUACUCCAAAGGCCAAAAAGGGGAGAAUGAAAGACCAGCAUCUCCAGGCUUGGUGGUGUUCAAUGUUUCCAGCAGAGUGACUCCACCUUCCACACCACCUCCUCCUCUCCCACCACCCCCUCCUCCUGUACCACCUCCUAUUUCCUACCGGGCUUCCACACAUUUUGCAUCUCCUCCAGAGACUUGCUCUAGUUUUCUGAUUAAUACAGGGAAAGCAGGUACAAACUCAGAUCUGUCAAAAGUACCUCAGAGACCCAAUCCUGCUCAGCUUGGAUGCUCAUCUUCUCCAUUCUCCAAACUGCCUUACUCCCCGAAGGUGGCAAGAGCAGAUCACAGGAAAUUGAACUCAAAUUCAUCAUCUUCAUUUCCAUACAGCCCUACAAACUCAAGGUCAUUGACCAGUCCCCUUGAUGAGUUAACUAGCUUGUUCAACUCAGGACGGAGCGUGCUACGAAAAUCUGCAGCAGGACGUAAGAUCAGGGAGCCAGAAGGUGCUGAAACUAAUCUGAACUUGAGAAGCAGGGAAGAUCCAAAUACAUCAGAUACUGGAUCAGAAACGCAGGAUAAAAAUGCAAAUAACCAUGGAACCCAGUCAUCUAAUCCACUGUCCAGUUUGGUGACUGCUGAAAAUGGAAAUUCAGUAUCAAAUGGUUUACCAGAGGAAAAUGAAUAUUCAAGACUGUCUGCCAGCACUACAGCAGGCUCAUCAAUUCACAGACACAGGGAGAGCCACACUAGUCAGGUUAUUCAUCAGCUUAGACUUUCAGAGAAUGAGAGUGUGGCUCUGCAAGAGCUUCUAGAUUGGAGGAGAAAACUAUGUGAAGAGAGAGAAGACUGGCAGCAAAUCUUGCACAACACUGAGCAAAGAAACACAGCUCCACCUCCACCCCCUUGUAAGAAGCCGACAUUGCUGAAGAAGCCUUGACAUGAAGGCACAUGAAGAUUGAGAGCAGCCCUGAGGAGAAGGAUUUGGGGAUGUUGGUUGACAAGAAGUUCAACAUGACCCAUCAAUGUCCACUUGCCAUCUGGAAAGCCAACCAUGUCCUGAACUACAUCAAAAGCAGCAUGGCCAGCAGGUCAAAGGAAGUGAUCCUCCCCCUCUACUCUGCCCUUGUGAUACUCCACCUGGAGUACUUCAUUGAGCUCUGGGGUCCCCAGCACGGAAAGGACAUGAAUUGUUGGAAUCAGUCUGGAGGAAGAAGAUGAUCAGAGGGCUGGAGCUCCUCUCCUAUGAGAGCAGCAAGAGAGAGUUGGGAUUGUUCAUCCUGGAGAGAGAAGAGAGACUUUAUAGCACUUUGCAGUACUUAAAGGGGGCCUGUACAAGAGAGCUGGAGAAGGACUUUUACAAAGGCAUGUAAAAGUCUUUAAACUGAAAGAGCAUAGACUUAGAUUAGAUAUCAGGAAGAAAUUCUUUACAAUGAGGGUGGUGAGACACUGGAAGAGGUUUCCCAGAGACAUUGUGGAUGUCCCAUUCAUGGAAGUAUUUGAGACCAGGUUGGAUAGGGAUUUGGGCACACUUUUGUCUAGCGGAAGGUGUCCCUGCCCAUGGCAUAGGAAGUUGGAACCAGGUGAUCUUUAAGGUUCCUUCCAUCCCAAACUAUUCUGUCAUUCUAUGAUAUCACCUUUAAAAUAUGAUAAGGUAAACCUCUGUAAUCAUUCAGCUUUCAAGGUCAGUGAGACUUGCUGAGCUGUGAUAACUCUCUAGCAGGUGAUGAAGCCAUGAACUCAUUUCCCCACAGGAUUUCAAACUGCCACCAAGUUGUAGCAAAAGUGCUCACUUAGUAUAAGCACUGAAUGUUACUAUAUAUAUAGAAGACAAAAGACAUGCUGCUGCUUUCAUAAAGGCUCUUCUCAAUUAUAAAUGGGUACUUAAUAGAUAAGAGAAUGUCUCUCACCUUUCCUGAGAUUAGUUGGUCUUGAAGAGGCUAUUUCAUUAUCAGAAACAAGUGGGAACUACCACAGAAAAUCUUUCCCACAGCUUGUUGGGGUCAAGUGACUAGCUCUGAGAACUCAUUAUGGCCUCUAAUAAAAGCAUAGCUCCUUGUUUCUAAUUGCAGAACCUAGUUCAGCACAAUUCCUAAUUUAAACACAUGUAAAUACAUAGAGGGGUAUAAAACCCACAGGUUAUGACCAAGAGCACUUGCAACUGGAAAGGGUCACUGGAAGUUUCUGAUUUCAAUCUGAUCAUUGACCUCCAUAGUAGUGAACUUUAUGCAAAGUGUGCCCUGAAAACUUUGGUAGGCAAGAUGCUUGUGGGUUUGGAAGUUUUUCUUUUCCCCCUGCUUACAAAGUAAAAUAACUCAGUUUAAAACCUCAGACGUUAACCUGUAGUGAAGUGCAAAUGUGAAAAAGUGAGCAAGCAGGAUCAGCACAGAUAAAGAUUCAGUGGAAGUCAUAAGUGUUUUUGCUGUAGAUUGUGCAAGACGUGGCUGAAAUUUACUCCUGAAGGGUAGUUUGGUUCUGGGAGUUGGCAGGAACAUUCUUAUCUCAUAGAUCUGCUCAUUCCAUAUGCUUAGUUUUACCUGCUCUUUUUAAAGACAAAAAAAAGCAGUUUACCUACUUUUAGAACUCCUAAACAGUCAACACAUAAACAAAUAACUGUACAAUCAUUUUUCCAGUGUGCUUCAUCAUUUCACUUCAGCUCAGUUGAAUCACUGAGAAUUUUUGCAGUGGAAAUCAGGAUAACUACUAAUCAACAAUUUAUUCUUCAAAAAUUUAAGUCUGCAUGUGUUCAGUAAGGCAGGCUAAGUUGUCUCUGCACUUCUGAAAAACACUCCCAUUAUUUAUCAAUAUGAUGAAAGACAAUUUGUUCCCCUCAUUUGACUCUCACCUCCUACACAGAUAGAAAUACUUGUACUUCUACAGUGCUGUUCCUAGUGUACAACAAGACAUCUACUAACAUUUUUGAGGCACCUAUUGAACAUACUUGGUGCUUCAGAUUCUUUUACAGUAUAAGAGACAUAACUCCUGUAGCAUAACAGGAUAAUUAGUAAAUUCACAGCUCUGUGAAUGUUAAUGUCAUAAACUGUUAAUACACAGUAUGAUCUGAAGGAUUGUGAUUGAGAUGAAAUCUCUUUCCCAGUCAUACAGACCACUGUGCACUCACACUCAUCAUGUUAUGAGGAAUAAGAGUUUCAAAACUGUCAUCUUGUCGCUAUGAAACCAUAUCUUCACCCUAAGCUUACUUGUGUUCUUUCAAAAGAAGCUGCAUUAGCACCUGAAGGGAACUGUAUACUAUGAAAUAAGAAUAGAAUGACAUUAACCACAAAGUUCCGAUGGUUUAUUAGAUGCCAACAAAUAAAAACAACUUGGAACCUUUCUGCUUUCAGUUCUUACCACUUUUCAUUCAAAUUGAAGUUUUAACCAUUCAGGAUCAGUAUAAAAUGGAGUUGAAGAAACAUUUCUACUUCAUUAUGUGCAGCAAAAAAGGAUAGUAGAACAGAGAACUAUUUUCCAUCUCUCCUCUGGAUAUGGUCAUUAUUUACUGUAGGCUGUUUUGUAACACAGUGACCAUCUGUCAGUAAGCACUGAAAACACUCAAUCAUGCAGGCUGUUACUGUUAAAAUGCCACAAUCAGUGACUACUGUGAGGGAUUUUUUUUUUCUCUAAGAACAAUUACAUAUUUAGAAGGCCAAAUUUACUCUCAUUAAAUUUGAUAUAAAUCCUGAUCUGCUCCACUGGAAUCCAGGUAUCAUCUCUAGAUUUAUAGCAGUGUAGCAAAUAUCAGUCUUUGACCCAGACCUUUAAUUGGAGAAUACCAGAGAAAGAGCUCCUUUUCAAUUAGUUUUUUUAAAUAUAUGUGGUGGAAAAAAAAUACACUUAACUUAAAUUACAUAAUGAAAAGAACUGGAACCAUGUUUUCUUCCCAUAUUGAAGGGAUAGCUCAAAAUUAUGAUCUGCUACUCUGCAGAAAGGUACAUAUAAUUGUUUUUCAAGAGGUUCAGUUUGCAGUUACAUUAAUUAAGCUGUUCAUUUGAAUGUUGCAUCCCAUUUCUUUGUGUACACUUGGUCAGGAGCAUAGACACUCAAAUGAACCCGCAGCUGCAGUAGCAGACCCAGUAUCACAACUGGGUUGAUUCUGCACAAAUCCCUAUAAUUAAACCCUUCAGGGAAAGUCUGGAAUGAGAUUUGUUCAAAUGCAGCCAUGUGAUUACAAGUGUAUCAUUAACAUUUUUUUUUUAAUAUAUAUAAAGGGAAGUGGUGCCCUCAGGGUGGCAGAAUGAGAAAUAUGGCCUACACAUUGAAAGUCAUAUGCUAUACAAGGAUGGGAAAAUAUUUCUUAAUUGAAAACCCCCCUGUCCAUAUAAUUUGUUAUGACCAUGGGUUAUAAUUACUUAGCCUACUAAAAUGCUUAACCCGGUUGAUGAUUUAGUUAGUAUCAGACAUUUCAACUGAAAGAGGAAUAGGAAGGCAAAAUGAGGGAGUGAUAGGGGAACUCUAAUCUUGAAAGAAGUUGAGUAUUUCUAAGAAGUCUUUGGCAACCCACAAGUUUCUUGGGCUACUGAGGAACUUGCAGAUGCUCUGCAUUUCACAUAGAAGUAUCUGACAUAAGGAUCUCAUCUUUAUGGUUGCUACCUUAGAAGCCGCAUUCCCUCAUUAAGUCACAUCACUUGUUUCCUACUUCUCUUUGGUACCAUGCUGGCAAAUAUCACAUGGCACCCAGACUUUCAAAAUAGGUAAGCUGCAUGCAAGAAGUCUAAUGCUCCUCACUGUUUCUGAAGCCACCCUGAAGGGUGGUCAGACAUUGGAACAGGCUGCCCAGGGAAGUGGUGGAUUCACCAUCCCUGGAAGUGCUCAAGAAAUGACUGGACAUGGCACUUAGUGCCAUGGUUUAGUUGAAAAAGUGGUGGUUGGUCAAAGGCUGGACUCAAUGAUCUUGGAGGUCUUUUCCAACAUUGAUUACUCUGUGAUUCUAUGUGUGAGACAGUAGGCAAGGCUUGAACAUAGAAGGAACAAAGGGAAUAUGCUAGCAUUCAGUCUGGCAGGAAGGGCACAGUUCUGCAUGUUCCUUCCCUCCUUUAUGCCCAACAUGGAGUAGGAGGAGGGAAAGAAAUUAAGCUGCUAGUGUCAUGUGGCCUGACAAAAUCAUGGUCAUUGGAAUGGCACCUGCCUGUACUCACAGGUAGCUGGGUAUGAGUAGCUAGAUGAACGAUCAGAAGCAUUUGCUUUGAAACUUGCUAUAUCCAGGUCUUCACAACUUCUCAGUGCCCAGAAGCAAAGGUCUUCUGAAAGCAACUGCACCUGCCCACCCCUCUGCCCUUGUCUCAAGAAAGCAUGAUAGCCACACUCCCAAAGGGCUGCCAGGUAUCACUUUGCAGCUGCACGCAACUACCUGUCCUUAGAAUAUUAAACCUUUACUUCUAUCAAGCACUAGUAUUUUGUAGGCUGUGUAGGCCUGGAGAGAUCACUUAACCAAUUUGCAGGAUGAAUGUAUCCUUUGCUUGAUUUUUUUCCCAGUUUGUGAGCUUCCUGUGAACUGACUGUAAUUUAUCCAAACCUGUAUAUCACUCACAGUUGUUUGUCAGCCAUUCAUUUAAACAAAUUACAUCCUGUGGCAGUCAAGCUCCACAGUCAGUCAUUUUUGGCAACAUGUGACUGGUUCCUUAAGUCACAAGGGAUUUUACUUCAAUAUUCCACUCAGAUGACAUAAGCUUUACAAACAGACACAAGCUUGAUUAUGUUGCUAGGCUUUGAGACAUAGGCUGAGAAAGGUAGGAGCAUGGUAAGCAGGGCACUCCCCCAGCCACAUAGAAGACAAGGACUGGUUUGUUGGCCAGUUGUCUUCAGGUGCAACUUUCACCUCAAACAUGGUAAUAAUUCAGGGAGCCCUAAGCAGCAGAUUUCCGAGGGCUUGUGGUUGUGACUAUUGAAAAUAAUUGUUCAAAAGAAUUGUUAACACAUAGCAAAAUGAUUUAUGGAAAUAAUAGUAAAUAAGCCUUGGAGAGGUUCCAAAUAAAUUUUACUUUGUCUCUUCCUUUAUAUAAAUAUUGCCUUUAGCUUCUUAUGCAACUGCUUACUAUUACUAUACAGGACAUUGUAUUUACUGUGCUUUUGUUAAAUUAUACAUAAUCUGACAAUAGAGGGGCUGAUGAGUCAUCUUAGGUUAAGACACAACACUGUAUGACAUUUAGCUUUUGUGAUAUGAUGAGGUAAUGUGACAUGAUAUGAGCAUAUGCCAUGAACCAAAGGUCAAAAUAGAUUCAAAUGGAUACACCUACUUUCAGCCUGGCCAGUCACUGUCAAUAUAUGAAAAAGUCUUCCAGACCAAACACAUGUUUCUGACAACCAUUGACGGUAAUGCUGUAGAUGUAUUAAUUAAUUGGCAGCAAAGUUUACCACCGACAUAUCUGUAACAUCUUUCUACCUAAUGGAAAUUGAUUAGAAAAUAUUUCUUCUCCUCAGAA